AUGACCAACAAAAGUAACUACUCUAGGAAAUGUGACUUGCCCCCUAAAAAAAGAAAAGAUGCAAAUAUAAUCGAAGUUUAUUCUGACCUUGAUUCAGAAGAUAAAGAAGAAAAUUAUGAAGAAGUUUAUGCUACUUCAAGAAUAAAGAUCACUUCAUAUACUACUAAUAGGAGAGAGACUAAAGAGAAAAGUAAAAUGAUGUUUAAAUUUCAACAAAAAAUAAGGUUAAGAUAUAGAAAUAUAAGUAAAUCAAUUUCUCUUACUACUUUGAUGAAUAUUGAAGAAGGAAAUUUAACUCCAAAGUCUAGAAUACAUACGUCUCUAGAUAUUUGA